AUGAGCAUGCGCUUAAAUGAUAGUCAUUUGUGCACCAUUAAAUUAAGCUUGCUCAAUCCGCUAGAAAAUAUUGCUGACUGUGGCUCAGAAUUCGUAUAUAUGGCAUUUAGUGUUUAUUUUGAUAGCAUGUCGAGCAUUGUCCUGUACUCUGAUAAGCCAGUUGAUAAUAUCAGGCUGUCCUUUAAAAGCUGCCAUCCAAAGACAAUGUGGCUGGAUAAGUUGGAGAUGCAGAUGAAGCGAGGAGACUCUUAUCUGCUGAUUUAUGAAAACACCAUGGUUAAGAUGCUUGCUAAAAGUUAUCCCGCGUGCAAGGCCAAAACUGUUGAUUUUCUCCUGGAACACAGAUUAAGAAAGCCUGCUGGCCAUGACCUAUUCGUGCUUGUAACAACAUUUUCAAACUGUAAGUAUAAGAAGGUAGCAAAUCUAAAGUUGCUUGUUGAGUUUCCAGAAUUUAUUUUGCGCUUCAAAUGUCCUAAGGGCUGUAUUCAACUGAAGAACACCUGCCAAAAUUUUAUUGGGAUAAAUUUUAAUGAGGACAACGAUGGCAUAAAUGAAAUAUUCCACAACAUUGAGAUUGAAUUGAAGGCUGAAUUGUUUGAGGAAUAUGAGAAGUUUGAUUCUACAGCAUUGAAUGAUAUUUUCAACUCAAACAUUGUUUUUGAAAUAAACGAUUGCAUUAGAAUACCAGUAAAGAUAGCAAAACAAUUAAGUGCACCUACAAAAGCAGCCAAGGAUUCAUCUCCACUCAAAGUAUUUCCAUGUCUGGAAAUCGGCCAUUUAGAUUCUAAAUCUUUCUUUCAUCACUGCUUUAGUAUUAGUUCAAAUUCCAAAACACAAAAUGCAGAGGAGAUUGCAACUAUCCAAAAAAACAACAGUUUUGCAAUCAAAAACAGGAUAUUUCUUAAUGACAUCACUGCAAACUAUAAAGUUCUUGGGAGUGUGCUGAUGAUCCGCGCCGAACAGCCAAGCUUUCAGAUCGAUGUCUCUGAGACAUACAUUGCCAUCAAAGCUCUAAAUCCAACAACGGUUGUUGUGCAGAUGUGCCCUGGAAAUCUAGAUACGCAUAGUGCAGAAGACUCAGUGACUUUAAAGCUGAUAUCUUUCCUUCUUUCCGUCGAUUUUAGUUCAUUUGCAAAAGAUAGGCCUGAGAAAUUCAUUGAAACUGAUAAAAAUAGUGUGAUAUCGUCAUAUUUCAAGUUAAGUGAAAAGAGUAGCACACUUCACAUGAAUUUCUCUGUGGAAAUACCAAAGAGUGUGUUUGGCAUUCCUGAUGAUCUAAAAUUAAACAUUGCGAAUGCAUUAGCACUAACAAUCUCGCCAAAUGGUGAUAAAGGCAAGCGAGUUGUGAUGUCUGCACAGGUCUCGCAAAAUGCAACACACUCUAAAAUAUCCCUGUCGGUAAAUGGCACGCUAGACUUCUCGGCAGAGUCAUAUCUUGUAAGUCUAUCUGUCGAUGGUAAUUUGGUUGAAGAAAGAAGAAUUGAUAGGCGUGUUAUCUGUCAGCUGUACAAUGAUGCCAUUCGCGUCUCAAAGAAGACGAAGCAGGAUGAUAUUCUGGAACGAGAAACGAGAAAUGUGGCCGAUGGUAAUAAGCAUGGCAUGAAAGAUGCAGAGAACAGCAUGCUGCACAUAGAGCCUGUUUCAUUCAAAGCAACUUCCAGAACAGAAAUGAGGCUUGGAUUUAGAGUCUACUCUGAGAAACUAGAUGAAAUACUUGUUAAAAGCUGUGAAGAUGUUUUAAACAGCUUACCUUUAUCAAAAUUUCCAAACUUCAUGGAAAUUAGUAUUGAAGUAGUGGAUGUACCUUCGGUUAUGCUAUCAAUUGUCAAGCCCGAUGAAAGUGAAGUUCCAUUUCUUGCACUGAACCGACUCUCUAUCAUUAUUUCCAAAAAGAGAUAUGAAUUGAGGUGUCCAGACAGAUCAUUAUUCCGUGAACUUACGUCCAGCCAAGACCAUUAUGAAACCACCCAGGUAUUGAAGAGAAUACUCAAGAACAACAAGAAAGAGAUCGAUCGCUUUCUAAAGCACAUGCCAUUAAAAAGACUACACAGCUCAAUGCUUGGAGCUCCAAUUCAGCUGCAGUUCGGUAUUGAUACCGAACGUUUGAGGGAGUACAAAGGAACAAAUGAUGACGAGCAUGUGAAGGUAGUGGUUGCAGAAUCAAACUGCAGACGGAUCUACAAAAUAUUGUAUUCUACUGCAAGGUCAAUGAACAUUCCAUUGCCGAAUGGUCUUUUUACAAAAACUAGAAGAACAGCCGUGGACAUGGUGUAUUCAAUCAUGGAUAGAUUUUUGCCCAAACAACGCUCGCUCAAGAUCUCCACAAAGAUACUCACUAAAGUUGGGGCUGUUUUGAUAAAAUCUAAAACACGGAUCAAUGUUGUCUGUGAGCCUGUGUCUGUCUUUCUCGUUACCCCUGGCGGUAAUAUGGUUCAUUUCAGGCUAUUUGGACUGCAAUUUGAUGGAAUGCCAUAUGAAAACCAAUACCAAAUAGUCUUCCCGUUUGUGGUUUAUUCAAGAGAAGGCUUUCUGGUUGGCAUUGCCAAAGAUCCAAAUAAGCAUUUGUCUGUUGAGAGGAAUGUGCUAAUAUUCAGGCUAAUAAUAGUUUUCAGAGACGAAAGGCAUGAGAUUGAAAUAGAAACCAGCAACUUCCAGCCAUUUGAAAUCAUAGUCCGCACUUUUGAUGGACUUAUUUCUGACUGCAUUCUGCCAUCAUAUAUUCAUGUUCUUGUUAAUCGUCUUAAGCAGGUAGGCUAUUUUAGGACAUGGUUCAUAGAUAUUGGAAACCAGUCAGUUGAAGAAGCAGAGAAGAAUGCAAAUAUCGAUGCAGAAGAAAUGGAAAGGGACAGGAAAGUAGCCCUUGGACAAGCAUUGUAG